AUGGCCACCAUUAAGGCCAUCGAAGCCAAAUCCGUUCAUCAGAUACAAUCUGGCCAAGUCAUCGUUGACUUAUGUUCUGUCGCCAAAGAACUGAUCGAGAAUAGUUUCGAUGCUGAUGCCACUUCUGUCGAAGUUCGCUUUAAGAACUAUGGCUUAGAUUCUAUUGAGGUCCAAGAUAAUGGCUCUGGCAUCGCUCCCGCCAAUUAUGACAGUCUUGCUUUGAAACAUUACACCUCCAAACUCUCGAGCUACGAUGACUUGUCUAGCCUGCAGACUUUUGGUUUCCGUGGCGAGGCACUGUCGUCACUAUGUGCCCUUUCGAAAUUCUCCAUCACAACAGCACAGGCUGAUGAGGUUCCAAAAGGCAAGCACCUGGACUUUGAUGUAAUGGGCAGAUUAAAGUCGACCACAAUAGUUGCCUCACAGAGGGGUACCACUGCCUCUGUGGAGGGCUUGUUUGAAAGCUUGCCUGUGCGUCGCAAAGAAUUGGCCAAGAACAUCAAACGCGAGUAUGGAAAGGUCUUAGGUCUUCUCCAUGCAUAUGCUUGCAUUUCUGUCAAUGUCAAAUUCACCGUCAAGCAUGCCGUCUCUAAAGGCAAAACUAUGACAGUGUUCUCCACCAAGGGUAAUUCCACUACAAGAGAGAACAUUGCAAACGUCUAUGGAACAAAGACACUCAGUGCGCUGGUCGCCCUGGACUUGAAUCUUGAAUAUCAAACCACGUUGACGCAAGUGGCCCAUAAGGAGAAACACUCCAACAUUCAGGUACGCGGUCAUAUAUCCAGGCCUGUCUUUGGUGAGGGAAGACAGACACCAGAUCGCCAGAUGUUUUUUGUCAACGGUAGGCCUUGCGGAAUACCACAAAUUGCCAAGGCUAUCAAUGAAGUAUACAAAUCGUUCAACGUGUCGCAAUCACCAUUCAUCUUCGCGGACUUUAUAAUGGAUACCAAUGCCUACGAUGUGAAUGUGUCUCCAGACAAGAGAACCAUACUACUCCACGAUUCUGCGUCACUGGUGGAUAGUCUCAAGACUUCCUUGACCGAAAUGUUCGAUCAGCAAGACCAGACUGUGCCCCAGUCACAGUUUCAACUACCAAAGCUCCCAUCCUUCAAAAAAUUGAACGUUCCACAACAACAGACUUUGGAUUUAUUCGACAAGGAUUCCAGAGACACGCCUGACUCCGACCGGUCCGUAGGCAGAGAGAGGAGCGGGAGUGUGGGUGGUGAGGAUGAUGAGGAUGUCAUACCCAAGUCUUUGCUGCGCGAUCAGUUCAGACUAAUCACCAGCACAAGGGAGGAACCCGAUCCCGGUAUGGAUGAAACAAGGAAGGCGAAAAUGCAAGUAGAUCGAGCACGCAAGGCUCAAAAAAUUGCAAAGAAACUAGCAGAUGAUGCAGAAGGAGAUGCAGAAGAGAAUAAAGAUGACAAGGGAGAGUUGAAGGACGGAUUACAAGGGAAGCCUGAAGACGCAGACGAAGAUGUGAUCGAGAGCCUGGAAGAAGAAGAUGGGGCCUCGCAGACUGAAGCCGUCAGGAUACAUGUGAAAGACUUCAACGCACGAAUGGCCCCGCAAAAGGCACGGGCUUCGAUUGUGGACGCUUCUAUGACUCCGCAGGACCGAGAACAAGCAACGAGCAGGAUAACAGACCAUGAGGAUCAAGAUAAACCAGGACUUGUGACAAAUGCCUUCGAUCGGAUGAGACCAAGACGAGCGUCGGCAGAGCUGGCCACCAUCACAAUCGGGGAUAAGACAGUCACGACGUUCUUGGGUUCGCAACCGGCACAGUCUCAAAGCAUGGCUGCUAGAAAAUCAAACCCUUAUAAUGGCAAAACAUUGGCGACUCCCACACAGAAUAGCAUGACCUCAAGGUCAUUCUCGCAAGCAUUGAGACGGUUCGGAGCGUCAGGGACAAACACUGUUGAAACCGAUGAAGCAGCGGAUUCUGAAGAUGAGGUCCGGCGGCAGGAAUCCGACACAGAUUCCGAAAACGAAGCUCUCUCAGAAGAAGCCUCAGAAAACCCGGGGAGCGUGGCAGGGCCAGAGGAGCUCGACAGGGAAUAUACGACUUCUGCAAACGAGCUGAACGAGCAAUCAGACGAGGACUAUAUUGACGAAGCCGAGAAGAGACAAUUGGAAGAGGCCCGGGUGACAGAACUAAUUCGUUCCGCUGAAGAGAGUUCCAGAAUUCCGAGCAAAGAAAACAUGAAACGAGCGACAAAGGCAUUGGACGGAGGUCGGGCUAAAGACUCAAUCACCAAUCUUGCAACCACUGUUGAGAUUUCGAUAUCAAACAUCAGCCAACAGGUGGCGAGGCUGUCCAGGCUAGACACCCAACUUGCAAAUAAAACUCGAACGUCACUUUUUGAAAAGAUCGAGGCAGAUCCAGAAGAGCGGCUCUCUCUGACAGUUGCUAAAGCGGACUUUGCCAAGAUGAAAAUUGUAGGACAAUUUAAUCUCGGGUUCAUUUUGGCUGUGCGGCCGCAGGAACCGCAUGGCGACGAGUCGAAGCGUUCCAACGAAGAUGAGCUAUUCAUCAUCGAUCAGCAUGCUUCGGAUGAAAAGUACAAUUUUGAAAGACUCCAAGCCACAACGGUGGUUGGCAGCCAAAGACUUGUACGACGAGUCACGCUGGAUUUGACGGCAGUUGAGGAAGAGAUUGUUCUCGAAAACAAUGAGGCCCUGGAAAAGAAUGGGUUUCUGGUCGAGAUCGAUACCAGUGGGGCGAGUAUGGUUGGUCAAAGAUGCAGACUGGUCAGCUUACCACUGAGCAAAGAGGUGGUGUUUGGCAUUAAAGAUCUGGACGAAUUGAUCCAACUAUUGGCGGAAGCACCUGGAACGGGAAGCUCCGAAGUGACUCGUCCUAGUAAAGUGCGGAAGAUGUUUGCCAUGAGAGCAUGUCGAUCCAGUAUCAUGAUUGGCAAGACAUUAUCGUGGAAGCAGAUGCAGAAAGUGGUGGCACACAUGGGGACGAUUGACAAGCCUUGGAAUUGUCCUCAUGGACGUCCCACGAUGCGACAUGUAUGCAGUCUGAGCAAAUUUGAAGCAUGGGGUGAAGGAGAAGACGAAUACGGGGAAGAGAGGAUGAGUAUGGGGAAGGCACUGCAGAAUUAUGUAUGCGGAAACUGA